AUGUCGACGACGUCGCGCCGCUCCGCACGCGAGAACCUCUCGACGCCCUCGUCGUCCGGCACCCUCUCGCUCGCCUACCGCCGAUCCGUAGUGGCUCUCCAGUCCCUCUUCGGCAGCGGCUCGAGCCAGAACUACGCCGAGCGGGAACCCCUCCUCUCCUCGUCCUCCGGCCAGCCCCAGAACGGCGGCGACGAGGGGUACAGUGUGGCGGGACCUUCUUCGGCCAGGGGCAACGGGUACGGCGCUACCGAGGCCGGACCCAGCGGCGAGGCGAGGAGGAGGAUCCCCAAGCCCAAAAAGGUCAUCACCCAGAGCAAGGUUGAGGCCAAGGUCUGGUUCGCAAACGAGCGAACCUGGAUCUCUUGGCUGCGGGUAUCCAUCCUGAUCGGCUCGUUUGCACUGGCGCUCUUCAACUCGUCCACCUUCUUCAACGACCACCACCACCCCUCGGGCGCACCCCAGUACCCGUCGCCCACGACCAUCAAGACGUUCGGCACCGUCUACGCCGCCAUUGCCGUCCUGACGCUCCUGUGGGGCCUGUACAGCUACCAGCGCCGCGUCACCCUCAUCAAGCAGAAGUGGCCCGGCGACUUUGACGACCUCGUCGGCCCGCCCCUCAUCUGCGCCGUCUUGUUUGUCGCCGUCCUGCUCAACUUUAUCGUCAGAGUGCAACAACACAACCUCGAAAGCCAACCUUGA